GUAAUUAAAAAUCUGAAAUACUAUGUAUUUCUUUCCAGGAACUUCCGCUGUGACUGUGGAAAUAGCAAGUUCAAAAAUCUGCAGUGCAAAUUAUUCCCAGAAAAGAGCAAGGUGAAUUCAGGAAAUAAGUAUAACGACAAUUUCUAUGGAUUAUACUGUACUUGUAAAAGACCUUAUCCUGAUCCUGAAGAUGAGAUUCCAGAUGAGAUGAUCCAAUGCAUAGUUUGUGAAGACUGGUUCCAUGGAAGGCAUCUUGGUGCAAUCCCCCCUGAAAGUGGAGACUUCCAUGAAAUGGUAUGCCAGGCCUGCAUGAAUCACUGCCAUUUCCUUUGGGCCUAUGCAUCGCAAUUAGCAGUUCCUCCUUUGACCAAAGUGAACUCCCUUGAAGAGGAGGGGAUUGUCCUGAAGGUUGAGGAAAGUGAAGAGCAGAAAAAAGAAAUAAAAAAAGAAACUGGAGUGGAACACCAAGAAGAGAAGGAAGAAAAGCCAAUGGAACAGUUUAAUGAACCAUCCACUAGCUCUGGGUCCGCUUGUCCAGAGGUAGUUACUAAGAAUGAGGAGCCAGUCUGCAAGCUGAAAGAACUCCAGAGCAAGCAAUUUUUAAAAAAAGAUACUGCCACCUUUUGGCCAUCGAACUGGAGAAGCAAAUUAUGCACCUGUGAAGACUGUUUGAAAAUGUAUUCAGAGCUUGAAGUCCAGUUCCUGACAGAUGAAUGUGACACUGUCCUGGCUUACGAAAAUAAAGGUACCAGCGACCAGGAAACAGAGAGGAGAGAUCCUUUAAUGGACACCCUUAACAGCAUGAACAGAGUCCAGCAAGUAGAACUCAUCUGUGAAUACAAUGAUUUAAAGACAGAACUGACUGACUAUCUCAGGAGAUUUGCAGAUGAGGGAACGGUGGUUAAAAGAGAAGACAUCCAGCACUUCUUUGAAGAGUUUCAGUCACGGAAAAGGCAACGGACUAACAGGGUGCAGUACUACUGUAGUUAGACUGAGAGGGUUUGGGUCUGAAAGGACAACUGUGGAAACAAUAUACAUUGACAAACAGAAGAGGCAUCUUCAGUAUUUGGCUUCUCAUCAAAAUCCAGCUGUCCAAGAAACAUCUUCGUUUUGUCUCAUAUUUCCUUUAUUUGUAGCAACUAGAACAUGUCCUUAGCAGGUACAUUGCAGUUACAAGGA